AUGGAAGAAGUGAUACAAAAACAAUUGGGAUUAAAAACUCUCGAACGAUUCGGUGGUGCAGCUGGCGGAUGUAUCAGUAAAGGAAGUGGUUAUCAUUCAGAUCUUGGUGAUCUGUUCAUCAAAUUUAGUGAUCGUGAAAAUGCUAAGCGUAUGUUUGAUGGAGAAUUCGCAAGUUUGGAAACCAUAUAUCGUACAAAAACAAUACGUGUACCAAAACCAAUUAAGAAUAUAUCCGUUAGAAAUCAGCAUUGUUUGGUUGCGGAAUACGUUGACUUACAUGGUCCUUCGAAACCUUCACAGUUUGGUCGAAAUUUGGCACAGUUACAUAUGCACAAUGCAUAUUUAUUGAAAGAGAAAGAGCGUGCAAGUAAUUUUGUUGGAGGUCAGGAAAAAGCCGAAGAAUCAAUUACACAAUUUGGAUUUCACAUACCCACUUGUUGUGGUUAUUUACCCCAAAUGAAUGAAUGGUGCAACGAUUGGGUGGAAUUUUUCACGCGGAAUCGCUUAAAAUAUCAAAUCGAUAUACUAUUGGAGAAACAUAGCGACAGAGAUUUGCUUUCAUUAUGGCCUCAAUUGGAACGAAAAAUCCCGACAUUUUUUAAAGAUGUUGAGAGCAUUAUUCCAGCUCUUGUUCACGGAGAUUUAUGGUCUGGAAAUUAUGGUUAUUGUGUGGAUGGCCCAGUGGUUUAUGAUCCUGCUUCAUUUUACGCACACAGUGAAUAUGAGCUUGGUAUAAUGAAAAUGUUUGGAGGCUUCGGUAGCGCUGUUUAUUCCGCUUAUCAUGCAAUCAUUCCUGAAGCAAAAGGCAUUCAAAAACGUGUUCAAUUGUACGAACUAUUUCACCAUCUAAAUCAUUGGAAUCAUUUUGGCAAUGGAUAUAAGGGAGGCACAAUUUCCAUUAUGCGUUCUUUAUCUUGA